CAGAGUCGGCUGGUGAUGGCGGAACGAGGAGGAGGAGGAGGAGGCGGCAGCGCGAGUGGCGGAGCAGGCGGCGGCGAAGGGGACGCUGGGGCGGCGGAGCGGUACAACAAUGAGAUGAGAAUGGCUCAACAGCAAGCACUGAGAUUUCGUGGACCAGCUCCUCCACCAAACUCUGUCAUGAGAGGUCCGCCACCUCUUAUGCGACCACCUCCACCUUUUGGUAUGAUGCGAGGCCCUCCACCACCACCCCGGCCUCCAUUUGGACGUCCUCCAUUUGAUCCAAAUAUGCCUCCAAUGCCCCCAGGAGGAAUUCCUCCACCUAUGGGACCUCCACAUCUACAGAGACCACCUUUCAUGCCUCCUCCGGGAAAUAUGCCACCACCUCCUGGUAUGAUGUUUCCUCCAGGGAUGCCACCUGUCUCUGCACCUGGAACACCAACAAUGCCGCCUACUGAAGAGAUCUGGGUAGAAAACAAAACUCCAGAUGGAAAGGUUUAUUACUAUAAUGCACGGACACGUGAGUCAGCAUGGACCAAACCUGAUGGAGUGAAAGUUAUUCAGCAGUCUGAACUGACACCAAUUCUUGCUGCUCAGGCUCAGGCCCAGGCUCAAGCCCAGGCUCAAGCCCAAGCCCAAGCUCAAGCUCAAGCUGUAGGUGGUUCCACACCUACUACUAGUAGUCCUGCAUCAGUAUCUCCAUCUCCAUCAUCAAAGUCAUCUACAACGUCUACUAGUACCACAACAACGUCUGCUUCUCAAACAGUUUCCACACCUACAACACAAGACCAGACCCCCAGCUCAGCUGUUUCAGUUGCCACACCUUCAGUCAGUGUUUCAACCUCUGCUCCUUCUGCUACAUCUGUGCAGACUGUACCCCAGCCAGUCCCACAGACUUUGCCUCCUGCAGUACCUCAUGCAGUACCUCAGCCGACAGCAGCAAUUCCUGCUUUCCCACCAGUAAUGGUACCUCCAUUUCGUGUUCCUCUUCCUGGCAUGCCUAUUCCACUUCCAGGUGUCUUGCCAGGAAUGGCUCCUCCUAUUGUACCUAUGAUCCAUCCUCAGGUUGCUAUUGCCGCUUCACCUGCUACAUUGGCUGGAGCAACAGCAGUCUCUGAAUGGACAGAGUACAAAACAGCAGAUGGGAAGACUUACUACUAUAAUAAUAGGACACUGGAAUCAACAUGGGAGAAGCCUCAAGAACUGAAGGAGAAAGAAAAAGUAGAAGAGAAGAUGAAAGAAAGCAUUAAGGAGCCUGCCGGACCCUUGCCUAUGGAAACCGAAGAGGAGGAACCUAAAAUUGAACCUAUCAAGGAACUUAUAAAGGAGGAACCAAAAGAAGAAGAAAUGACUGAAGAAGAAAAAGCAGCUCAGAAAGCAAAACCUGUCGCUACCCCUAUUCCUGGUACUCCAUGGUGUGUGGUGUGGACAGGUGAUGAGAGGGUUUUCUUUUACAACCCUACCACACGUCUGUCUAUGUGGGACAGACCAGAUGACUUAAUUGGAAGAGCAGAUGUGGAUAAAAUUAUUCAGGAGCCUCCUCACAAAAAAGGAAUAGAUGAAUGUGAAAAAACAAAGGAUGCUAAUAGAGGCCUCUCUUACAGUAAAGAAGAGCAUGAAAUGCUAGAUGAAACAAAUGAUGAUGAACCUAUUAAAGCAAAGAAGCGGAAGUAGUUGUGAAACAAAGACAUUGAUUCAGAGAAGGAGGCUGCCAUGGAAGCUGAAAUUAAAGCUGCUCGAGAGAGAGCAAUUGUCCCGCUGGAAGCACGAAUGAAACAGUUCAAGGACAUGCUACUUGAAAGAGGGGUUUCUGCAUUUUCUACUUGGGAGAAGGAGCUACACAAGAUAGUUUUUGAUCCCCGCUACCUGCUUCUUAACCCUAAAGAAAGAAAACAGGUAUUUGAUCAGUAUGUGAAAACCAGGGCAGAAGAAGAGCGCAAAGAGAAGAAAAAUAAAAUAAUGCAGGCUAAGGAAGAUUUCAAGAAAAUGAUGGAAGAAGCGAAGAUUAAUCCCAGAACUACUUUUAGUGAAUUUGCAGCCAAGCAUGCUAAAGACUCGCGAUUCAAAGCAAUUGAAAAAAUGAAAGACCGGGAAGCCUUGUUUAAUGAGUUUAUCACAGCAGCAAGAAAGAAGGAAAAAGAAGAUUCGAAGACCAGAGGAGAGAAGAUCAAAAUGGACUUCUUUGAACUGUUAUCUAAUCACCACUUGGACAGUCAGUCUCGCUGGAGCAAAGUGAAGGACAAAGUAGAGACUGACCCUCGUUACAAAGCUGUGGAUAGCUCUUCACAAAGGGAGGAUCUUUUUAAGCAGUACAUUGAGAAAAUAGCCAAAAAUGUGGACUCUGAAAAAGAAAAAGAACUGGAAAGACAGGCUCGCAUUGAAGCAAGUUUGCGUGAACGAGAGAGAGAAGUUCAGAAAGCUCGCUCUGAACAGACAAAGGAGAUUGAUAGAGAACGAGAGCAGCACAAACGAGAAGAGGCCAUUCAGAAUUUCAAAGCUCUCCUAUCUGAUAUGGUGCGAUCUUCAGAUGUGUCAUGGUCCGAUACUAGAAGGACACUUCGAAAAGAUCAUCGGUGGGAAUCUGGCUCCCUUCUAGAAAGAGAAGAGAAGGAAAAACUAUUUAACGAACACAUUGAGGCACUUACAAAGAAAAAGAAAGAGCAUUUCCGGCAACUUCUAGAUGAAACUUCAUCAAUUACCUUAACAUCAACAUGGAAAGAAGUAAAGAAAAUAAUUAAAGAAGAUCCCAGGUGUAUUAAAUUCUCCUCCAGUGACAGGAAAAAGCAAAGAGAGUUUGAAGAGUACAUCAGAGACAAAUAUAUUACAGCCAAAGCGGAUUUCAGAACGCUUUUGAAAGAGACCAAAUUUAUAACAUACAGAUCCAAAAAGCUGAUCCAGGAAUCUGACCAGCACCUGAAGGAUAUCGAAAAGAUAUUACAGAAUGACAAACGUUAUCUGGUACUUGACUGUGUGCCGGAGGAGAGACGCAAACUCAUUGUGUCCUAUGUAGAUGACUUAGAUCGCAGAGGUCCCCCACCACCUCCCACAGCUUCAGAGCCUACAAGACGAACAACAAAAUAAUUGUGACAUACUCUUGAACAAGAAUAUCUGUUAAGUCAAGAAGAUUGCAUGAGCCAUCGUCAGGUUUAAUUGUAUACAUUACCAUGAACCUAUUGCAAAAACCAUCCAAGGAGCAGAGAGAAAAGCAACAUUUGUGAACAUAAAGCAGUCUCUAUACAGAGAGAACAUUUGCAUUAUCGAUGCUUUUUCUCUUUGUCGCAUGACUGACAAAUAUUCUAACCAUGCAGCUAUUUCCAGUGAUUUUUAGGUCCUAGAACAAUGCGAUAUCUGUGUACAAGGUGUGAAUGUUGGUAGCAUUUUGAGGCGUUCUUGGCAGUGUUACAUGUGAAAGCCUUGGGAUGAUUGAUAUUUGUGGUUUGAAGUUAAGAACGGCAAAAAAUACCGCAGAUAUCCUAAUGGGAGAGCCAAGGUCAGGCAUUCUUAUGAUUAAACUAUUGACUGCUGAAGACCGCAGUAAGAUUAUGCCCCUUCAUGAACCUGAAAAUAUAGGGCCUAAUUCUCUACUCAUGUGUGGCCUUUCCUGUAUAUAAAUCAGGACUAACCCCAUUAAUGUCAGAUCCAGCAUGAGAGGAGAAUGAGCCUUGCAGUGACCAAAUUGAAUAAACACCAUUUGAUCUUGUUCACAGGCCUGCUUUGAUUCCCCCCUCUCCUUGUCCUCCCCAGUAGGCACAAUCAAGUUGCUUUGCCCAGUAGUCUGGUAAUGUUUUUGCUGUAAAUUGGAAAUGCACAGGAAAAAGUGUGUUCCCCAGGAUAGCACGGUUGUACAAAUACACUUUUAUUUUCCAUAAAGUGAUCUCUACCAACUUCUGGAUUAGAAUAUGAAGUUCCCUUCUGGGUAUUUCUUGUAAACUAUAUUCCUGUUUUGAAUGUUAAACUUGUGUUUCUAAAGUUUAAUUUUGAAAUGUUGGGAUUGUUCAGUUUACGUAUUUGAACGACAAUAAACCAACCCUUUUUAUAUA